CAUUCAUGAGCCGAACUGGCAACAGUUGUCCACAUGUUGAUGAGCAGCAAUUACGGUAUAUGAUUGCCUUUUAAUUGUAAUUUUGGAUAAUCAGAGAACUUUUGCUUGUAGUUUACAAAGUUUGCUUACUUAGCAUUUUUUCUAGCUAGUUAUAAUAUAACGUUAGCUAGCUACAGUAUAGUAGUUUGCUAUCACAAAGCAAGUUGUCGAUAAUGCUGUUUGUGAACUUUUCUCUUAGCUAGCUUCACUUGAAAAGUUGUCACCAUCUAACGUCUGCAAUUAAUAUAUACAUAAUGUUUGUACAACUACAGUAUUUAUCAAGUUUUUGUCUGGGUUUUGUUGUGAGCUAGUCAACUAUGACUCUCACGGGCAGUCACAUGGCUAAACGGGAUGUAUGCGUCACAGCGCGCCUUUCUGGAAGAUUACCCGCCAGACUGUAAUGCCCUUUGGAUUUAACAAUGGUUAACCCGCUAAAUUAGCUGAAUGUUUACAUGCAACGAGUACUUGUCAGUUUGUUUUGUGUUGCUAGGUAGUCUUUGCUUGCUACAUACUUCAAGGAUUUAACAUGAAGGACAUUGAGAUUCAUUGAUGGAUGAAACGACUCAUGGGGGAAACAUGUUGCUUCCUAUUAUAGCUAGGCUAAUUUAUGUGUAUAGGCUAAAGUUUACUGUUUGUGGUAGUUAGCUACUAAUCUUACGAAAGACACGCUCUUAUAUUUCCGGAAUUUGGACCAUCAUUACAGCAUAUCAGUGAAACAUGAUGAAAAAGGAGAUUGCAGCAGUGGUGUUUUUCCUGAAAAGACUGAUCAAAAAGGUGGAGAAGUUGGAGACCCAGAAAGUGGACUUGUUUGUGGAGCGGUUGACUAUUACCCUGCACGAGAAGUUCAGGGGACAUUGGUACCCUGAAAACCCCAGCAAAGGACAGGCCUUCAGGUAACUUAACUACAGAUCAGACCCUGUCUGUUGCCUUGCUCUCACUAUCUUGAUGUCCAUACCAGUAGUUUUAUGAACCUCCAGUCUAGGGCAUCAUGAAUAAGAUGUGUUUUGGAUAUGCAGUGAUUUGUAUGAUUGGAGUUUUCAAAGUAUUGUAUACUCUACUUCGCAGGUGUAUUCGGCUGAACAGGUUGCAGAGGGAGGAUCCAGAGUUGCUGCGGGCCUGCCAGGAGAGUGGGGUUCAGUACAAGGACCUUGGCCUGCCCAGAGAACUCACUCUGUGGGUGGACCCAGGGGAGGUGUGCUGCAGGUCAGUCUGUCUUAUUUAAAAGCAUUGGAUUGGUGUAAGUAUUGGCUGGAAGGUGUUAAAUCCAUGACAGGGGAGUGUGCAAGUGCACACUUUGGGAGAUGGGUAGACAAUCGGUAUGCAGCCUCGGUUGUUCCAUUGUUUACCAGUCAAGUAACUCAGUUGAUGACAGAGCAUCACAAGUGUUGUUGGCUUCUUCAUUUCACUCUCGUGCAGGUAUGGAGAGAAGAACCAUGCUUUCACGGUGGCCAGUUUCUUUGGUGAUGAGGAUGUGACAAAGAAGGUGACCAGCGCUGUGGAGAGGGUGACGUCUGACUACCACUCCGGUUCAUCCUCAGAUGAGGAUAGUGGCCUCAGGGAAACCCGUCCUCCCCCUACCUGCCCCCAAAAUCACCACACAUACCAGGUAUAACCAGUAAUGUAGUGUUUCAAUACAGUCUUGUCUGAAAGCCUCCUUGGUCAGCUCUGGCAAUGUGGGAAAUAUAAUUGAAAUUGACACGUUUUAUUGUUCAAAGGUGAUCUACCCAGCUGCUCCUUUGUGGCAUCCUACAGUGCCCAAGCAGAAGAAGAUGGGGCCCGGUAAAGGAUAUAACGGCCCUCCACGUCCUCCUCACAAUGGCUUCAGACCCCAAGGCAGACCCAUCCAGCCCUUCAGACACAACGGCUGGGCUCUGCCUGGCCAGAGAGGGGGGCACGGAUACUGGGGUGGCACUCCAGGCCUGGCUUACUGUUAGGGACCACUGUAGCAAGUGUUGACAUUAGUAUUAGCCUGUUCCAGGUGCCCAGGUUCCCUGAGCUGUUGAGGGUAACCAUUAUAGCAAGCAAUAGUUCAUGGGGGGCAGGUAGCCUAGCGGUUAAGAGUGUUGGGCCAGUAACCAAAAGGUUGCAGGUUUGAAUCCCCGAGCCGACUAGGUGAAAAAUGUCGAUGUGCCCUUGAGCAAGGCACUUAACCCUAAUUGCUCCUGUAAGUCGCUCUGGAUAAGUGUCUGCUAAAUGACUAAAAUGUACAAUGUUGGAGGGAAGAGGAUUGAGGGGCAAACAAAAUCCACCAAGAUGUCUGACCACAUUUUUUAAAAGUAUUUUUGUAGUGAAAUAGUCACUCUGGAAUUUGUAUUUUUUAUGAUAAGAACAUUAACUCUUUGCACUUUAGAUAAUUUGUAAUCGUGAGUAAAAUAAUUAGUUGUAAUGGAUAAGGAAUAUUGGAAUUUGAUGUGUAUUUUAUAGCUAUGAAGAUAUAUGUACUGUAUUUAUUUUUGAUGGGAGAAUUGUAUGUUAACUCCUACUGUACUGUACAUCAGUUAUGUUCCAAUGAGAUUGUUUUUUUUUUUAUUCACAGUGUACUAGUAUUAUGAAUUGUGCUUACCACUUAAAUUAUGAGACAUUAAAC